CACUCGUGAUCCAAUAGCCGGAGCCGGCGAAUUCCGUCGCCAUUGUCCUUCCAGUCGCGUAGACGGUACGCGCACGGCAGAGAAAUCGCACGGGACUGUCAGAACUCGGGGUGGACAGUAUCACGAAGAAAGUGAUAAGAAAAAGAACGAUUUCUCGGAGUGACCACCGCGGAUGUGGCGGAAGUAUUAAUUGCACGAUCGCUAUUUAUUUGCUCCCACCUCCCUGCCCGCCUGUAUCUCAUCGGGGAAAAUUGCCAUGGCGGUCAGAGUGUGCGUGCACUUUAUUAUGCAGCUCGUCAUCGUCGCAUCUGCAUCUAAUUUCAUUGCCGACGUCAGCCUGGACGAUCGCGAGGAGUGGGUCGUCAGGAUACAAGGGGGAUCACAAGUAUCGUCGCUAUUAGCCGCUCAGUCCGGCUACAAGCACCACGGUCCGGUUCUUGGAUUCAAGGACACAUAUAUAUGGCUUAAGGAUGAUAAUCCGAGCCAGAAGAAAAGAGGAAAUAUUCGCUUAACGAAGGCUCUUAAUGCAAACUCUAAGAUUAUCUGGGCGGAUCAACAGAAAACCGUAAAACGACUUAAACGCGAUUACAUCUCGUUAGCCGAUUUGGAAUCUGAAAAACCUUUAAUGCGAGAAAAACGUCUACAAUUAAACUUAUACGGAGAUGCAUUAAAUACCAUUAGCAACGAAAAUCAUAAUGCUGUCCAUAAAUUACGGAUAUUCAAUGACGAACUUUGGAAUCAACAAUGGUAUCUGCAAGACACAAGGACGAAUAAAGCUUUGCCGAAGCUCGACUUAAACGUUCUGCCUCUCUAUCGACUGGGGAUAACUGGUCGUGGAGUAAGAAUUGCUGUUCUCGACGAUGGUUUAGAAUACACACAUGAUGAUCUACGGAACAAUUAUGAUGCGGCUAUUAGUUAUGACAUAAAUGAAGGCGACGAUGAUCCUUUUCCAAGAUACGAUAAAUCAGGGAUGAACGGUCACGGCACCAGGUGUGCCGGCGAGAUAGGAAUGGAGGCCAACAACCAAAAGUGUGGCGUCGGUGUCGCCUUCGAGGCAUCCAUCGGGGGCAUCAAGCUCCUCGAUGGUCUGGUGAAUGACCGCGUGGAAGGCGAAGCUCUAGGAUAUAGAUCCGAGCUUAUUGACAUCUACACGGCUUCCUGGGGACCAGCGGAUGAUGGAAAAAGUUUGGAGGCACCUGGGAGGCUUGCUCUCGAAGCACUCGAACGUGGCAUAACAGAGGGUCGUAAAGGCAAAGGUAACAUAUAUGUAUGGGCUUCUGGGAAUGGUGGCUCUAAAUCGGAUGACUGCGGAUGUGACGGGUACGUUGGAAGUAUAUACACAGUGGCUGUCGGAUCAGCCAGCCAAACCGGAAGAUUUCCUUGGUAUGGGGAAAGAUGUCCUGCUACUCUUGCCACGACGUACAGCAGCGGCGCGUAUAACGAUCAAAUGAUAGCAACAACGGAUCUACGAAACACCUGCACAACUAGGCACACGGGUACUUCAGCUUCUGCCCCAUUAGCCGCCGGAAUAUUGGCUCUCGCGCUGCAAGUAAACAACGACUUGACGUGGAGGGACAUUCAGCAUCUGAUAACUUGGUCAUCAGAAUACAAUCCUCUCAGCGAAAAUCCGGGCUGGUUUAAGAACGCGGCUGGAUUUUGGUUUAAUUCACGCUUCGGUUUCGGACUUAUGAACGCAUACGCGCUCGUAAAGGCGAGCUACAACUGGACGACAGUGCCGGAGAAGACUAUUUGCAAAGUGGAUAACGCAUACAUUGCCAAUAACAGACUGAUUUAUGGAAAUUCCAAGAAACUGCAAUUCGAUGCCGGUAAUGUUUGUCGGACAUCGGGGAGCGAGAUAAUAUUUUUGGAGCAUGUGGAAGUCGAGGUGAAUCUCGAGUACUCUCGUCGCGGUGCGCUGCAGAUGCGUUUGGCUGCGCCUUCAGGGACUACCGUUAAUAUUCUAAGUCCAAGGAAGCUAGAUAAUUCUAACGUUUUUAUAAAGUGGAAAUUCAUGUCCGUUGCGACGUGGGGCGAAGAUCCUCGAGGAACAUGGAUCCUGGAUAUAACCGACGAAGUAGGCCCGGAAUGGAAUAAUGGCACUGUUGGAAUAUUUACAUUAAUUCUGCAUGGUACUAUGCAAAUUCCGGUUUAUCGCCGGAACGGACCGCGAAUUUACAACGACGAUUACAAUCGAAUGCGCAAAACCUAUGACAUUUUGGAAUCAAAUUCAGUAGAAGAUGAAUACAAUCAAUAUCUCUCUCUCAAGUCGUUCCUUCCUGACUGAAGAUCAUAAUCUUCAUUUGUUUGCUUAUGCAUGCUCCACGAUAACUAAUGUCUUAGCAAAGGUACACUCGAUGGUUUGCCAUUGUCUCUCGAGAGCUGAUAAUCAAUUACAAAUUUGAUAUUGUUCUGGGUGAAUUGUUAAUCCAAGUCUUUGGCACAGAAAGCAGACACAGAACUCUUACAUCACAAUUACACACAACCAAUAUAUAAUGCAAGAAAUUAGUGCCAUCUAGUACAAGUGAUUAAAAAAGCUGUUAAGAUUAUAACAGUCAACUUUCUAGUUAUGUAAUUAUUAGUUAUGUAAAUAUUAAAUUAUUAAAACAAUUACAAACAUUUGAAUAAUUACCACCAAUAAUAAUUUGCUAAAACAUUCACAUUUAAUACUCACACGGGCUCAUGUCACGCUCAUGGCUCUUCUACACAAAUUAAUCAUGAUAUGCUUUACAGUUACAUCAAAUUUUUAUUUUGAGAGUAUGAUACGAAAGCAAAUUGCAAAUUUAUGAGAAUCUGCCUGCAUGUAUUAACAAAUGCAAGAUAAUUGAUUGCGAUGAUGCAGAUAUCUCAGUAUCGAUGAUAGUAUAAUUAAACAAAUUUUCUGCGAACAUGCCAGGGGGAAGAGUUCUUUGUAACAUUCUACGUGAUUACGCAUGUAUAAUUUGAAUACGUAAUUUGCCUUUCAUUCGUUACAACGCUGAGUGGAGCUCUCCUAUUUUUUUGUGUGCGGCUGUCUGGAUCAUUUAACAACAGACAUCGGCUGGAGUAAACAUUACUGAAAUUCGAGACGAUACAAAAUUAACGGAAUUAGACAAUAGCUCUUGCCUCUGUGCAUGCAGAGUUAUAAAUCAUGAGUUACAGGUGCACGUACCGGAACCAAAGUGGACUUGCAAAUCACAAGCAUAAACUUCUUCGCAAUUGCAUACGGCUAAGAUUUAGUAACGAACUUCAAACAAUAUAAUUACGCAUAAUUACUUCUCCGUUUUAAUUAACAUUUCACUAAGUGUGUUAUUUUUUUAGCUUUGAUACAUAAACGCUUUAUUCUCUUAAUCUCUUUCAUCGAAGAACAAGAAGAUCAAUCUGGAAAAUCAGCAAAUGUACAUCGUUAUUACAAACAUGAAAGGAAAAAUAUAUUUACCGUAAAAUUUUUCAAUUCGACUUUUUUAGGAAAUUUUGUUUCCGAGAAUAUUUGCUUUAGAUAUGCAGGCUCUUUUAUGCACCAUUCUAAGAAUCUACAUAUGCUCAGCUUUGCAAUCAUGAAACGUCGUAUAGAUGCAAAGAUAUUGAACAUUCCCUUUUGCACGCACCAGAGAUUACCAUAGAAGAAAAGAAAAAAAACAUUUGAAUUUACAAUCUGAAUUAUCUUUACAAUAGAUAACAUUUGUAUUCUACUUUGAAUAUUUCAGUUUAGUAGUACGAAACAUAUAUUAAAACAAAAUUAAAUAGUAAGUAUUUUGUUCUCUCUUGUCGACAAGAAGAAAAAAAAGAUAAAAGAUAUGUUAAAAUAUUAAAAUAUUACAACAAUAUAUAAUUUUGAUAUAUUCAUAAUAAUAGAAGUACGUAAAAUUUGCAGAUAUGAGAAAAAUUAAAAUAUUCUGUUUUCUCUAUUUUAAACUACAAGUAUGUAACUUUUAAUUCUAUGAAGAAUCGAAAAUUACCUUUUAUCAAAAUAAUGUUUAAUUAAUUAACAAUAUUUAAACAAUUCAUCAAAAUAAAGGAAAUAAAAGUUAUAAUUGCA